CUCCAGUCUCAAACCAUUGAUCUCCAUAUACACAGACGGCAUGGACGGAAUCAAUGUCUCAAAGUCAAACACACGUGCAAUGAAGUUUUCCGCGAUUAAUAGCCUAGCUACACCGUACCCUCGACGCGACUGUACUCAUGCAUAUAGCGCAUGCACAUCACGACAUUGCCGAGUCAGAUCAAACUCAGACGCUACAACUACAUUUUGUAAAUUGAAAGAAUAAACAUGCGGGGAAAUAAACGCCAGAAACACGGAAAAGGGCGUCGAAAAAAGAGGAGGAAAAUAGACUUACUUGCAAUUAGUCGCAAAGUGAACGAAAGGAAGAAAGCUGGAACUGGUGUGAUUGCUGACAGUCGAGGAACACACCGAGGAUUACAGUCUGGGGCCGCCAAUUUGACUGCAAACAACAUUCCAGAGGAGGAUUAUAGUUCAGACAGUAGCGUUGAGCAGGAGCCGUCAGCAUAUGAGCAGCUUCUGACGACAUUAGGUACAACCAAAGAGGGACAGUACUCAGAUGAUGAGGAGGAGGAUGAAGAAAGUGGAGAAGAUGAUGAUGAAGAUGAUGAGGGAGUAGAGGAGUGGACUGAAGGAGCUGAGGAUGGCCAUGAAGAUGAAGAUGAGACAGAAUCUGGUCAAUUCACAGAGAAUGCAGGUGAAGAGAUACAGCAAGAUGAAGAUACUGAAGAGGACAUUGAUGAUGAUGAAGAUGAUGACAUUAAUGAUGAUGAAGAUGAUGACAUUAAUGAUGAAGCCACAGAAGAUGAUGAUGAAACAAAGAGUCAGUUGAGAGAUCCCUUCUACAGGAGGAUGACACAUGACAUUGGUGAAGUGACUGCCAGUCAGUUGGCUAAGGGUGAAGUAACACACAAACUACAGGCAAAGUGGAAUGCCUUGGGUAGAGUUGUCUUUUCCUCCAUGUCGGCUAAAAAGCCAGGCAACCUGAAAAUCCCUGAUAAUGUUACCUUCAAAGACCUUAAUGUCAAGAAGAGGAUAUCUGGCCAGUGGGAAGCUAACAACAAGCAGUUUAUGCAGCCAGGAUCUCAUGAUAUCUUCACUCCUCUUCAACUAGAGCUCUUUACAAUCAUGAACUCAUACCAGGACUUGCUGCACACAGAGAGAACACACAAGAAUGCUGAGGAGAUACGCCAUGUCUACUGUCUGCAUUUACUCAACCACAUUGUCAAGUCAAGAGAGAUUGUGUUAAAGCACAACACUAUGCUGUCCAAAGAUCCUACUCUUGACACUGAGACUAUGAGAGAUCAAGGCCUUACACGACCACGUAUUCUAAUUGUUGUUCCAUUCCGUGAUGGGGCUCUACGUAUCAUCAAUACAUUCAUCAAGCUGUUACUGGCAGCUGACAGUCAGAAUGUCGGUCGGAGGAAACGUUUCAAUGAUGAGUAUGGAGCAGUAGAGCCACACCCACCCAGCAAACACCCAAUGCCAGAGGACUGGGAAUCCACCUUUGCCGGCAACAUUGAUGAUCACUUUAGGAUAGGGCUAGCGAUCACACGUAAGAGACUGCAGCUAUACACUGACUUCUACAUGUCAGACAUCAUCAUUGCAUCCCCGCUAGGCCUGAGAACACUCAUUGGAACCAAGGGGGAGAAGCAUCAAGACUAUGACUUCCUGUCUUCCAUUGAACUGCUAGUCAUGGACCAGGCUGACGUCUUUCUCAUGCAGAACUGGGAACAUAUCACGCAUCUGAUGGACUACAUGCAUCUACAGCCUAGAGACUCACAUGGUGUGGACUUUUCAAGACUCAGAGAGUGGACACUCAAUGGAUGGAGUAAGCACUAUCGGCAGACAUUGAUCUUCAGUAGUAUAGUCUCUCCAGAGAUCAACUCGCUAUUCAACAAGCAGUGUGCUAAUUUGGCUGGCAGGGCUAUGGUGUAUAACCCUCCAGUAACAGGCUCCAUAUGUCAGGUAGUCACCCAGCUUCCUCAGGUAUUCCAUCGGAUAGAAUGCCAAAGUUUUUUGGAGGAGUCGGACAAGAGAUUUGACUUCUUCUUGUCAAAGGUACUUCCUCAGUACAGGGACCCUAUGAUGGUGGGCACAAUGAUCUUUGUCCCCAACUACUUUGACUUUGUCCGGCUUCGUAACUACUUUCGCAAGCAGGAGCUUCAAUUUGCACAGAUUUGCGAGUACACCAGUCAGCCCAAUAUUUCCAGAGCCAGACUCUACAUUGCCAACCAAUCCAGGAAUAUCUUGCUGUACACAGAGCGCUUCCAUUACUUCAGAAGGUACAAGAUCAAAGGUAUCCACAAUCUCAUCUUCUAUCAACUUCCCAGCCAUCCCCAGUUCUACAGUGAGCUGUGCAACAUACUGCAAGCGCAGCAUGGCACCACAGAGGACAACUGCAGCAUCCUGUAUACACGCUACGAUGCGCAGAAACUUGCUGCAGUCGUUGGGUCCAAUCGCUGCGGACACAUGCUGUCCUCAGACAAGGAUGUCCACUUGCUUGUCACUGGUGCAGAUAGCUGAGCUGAUAGCUGAUAGAGGGUCAGGAAACGAGGAUGUAAUAUGGAGAUGAGGCAUCUGAAAAGAGGAAGAAAAACUCCGGCAAAGAAAACAGGGUUUUCAUUACCUAAUAAGACAUGCAUCUUUUUUCAUGAUCAGUUAAUUCUCUGUCGUUGAACUUCAUAAUUUCCACUUUCGUCUCCAAAGAGGUAGAUGCUCUUCCCGACAGAAGGUUGACUAUAAAUGAGGGCAGUGACACAUGUAGACUCCAUGCACAAGUACUUCUACAACAGUGAUAAACAGAGUUGGUGACUCAUCACGCAAGCAAAGCAUGCUGCUGACAUAUGUGCUAUAGGUUGCACACCAUGUGUACCACACAAGGAGUGGCUCAGGCCAUCCGCUGUUUAUGUACCAUAAGAUAAUGUCUGUGGGGUGUUUUUUUUUUUGGGGGGGGGGGGAAGGGAGUGUAGGUUUACCGAAUAAAGCACAAUCUAUUCUAUAAGCAAUAAACUACAUCUGAAGUACAGUACAGCAAACAUCAUGGGAUGCAAAUGAAUCAAGUGGUAUGUUAAAUCAAACACAAUCAUUUGUCAGACAUUUGGUGUUCCAAGCCUGUGAUUGAUUGGUCAAUGAAUCAUGGGGGCGGGCCUUAAUGGAUCAGUCUUAUUGGGAGCCAAAGGGUAUGUAUUUGUUAUAGUCAUAGUUUGUAUUGUAGUUUUUGUCCAAGCAGUGGUCUACUGCAUACCUCAUGCGUGAUCCAUUUUAAUAUCGGUAUAUUUGCACCAUUGCUUUGGCGAUAUCAUAGCCACAGUUCCAUGUACAUAACUGCAACCUCUGGAUUAAUAGUCUGGUGCCUUGGUGCCAUGGACAUCCCAUCCACUGUGCAAUUGUGCUAUCUGAUCGGAUGCAACAUAAGUAUGAAAGAGCUGACCCAAAUAUUUGUGAAUGUUUUUAUUUGCUCAUGAGACCAUGUAGACUAUUAAACUUCCAAACUGUUAAAUUAUACAUGAAAGUCAUUCUUUGAUAUAAUAUAUCUUUAGACAAUACAGAAGUGUUAUGCAAAGAUUGUGUUUGAUGCAUUCUUCUGUCAGUUUGUUUGGGAGUCUGGUGUGGGAUAGCUGCAAUAUCCCACUGCCCCCACUUUUAUUUCGAACAAGAUUCAUUGGUUACUCAAAUAUUUGAUCUUUAGAAGCCCGCGCAUACUUUAUUUUUUAUUAUAACUGUUGCAAUCCUAUAUCCUCCAAUGUUAAUAAGAUUUUUCACACAUUCUAGGGGGUUGGGGUUAAAGAACAAGCCCACGUCAAUCAAAUGAAAUUUGUCACAGACACAACUUUUAAUUGCAUUUGGAAGAUAAUUAAUGUAAUAGAUACAAUCAAGUGCAGAAUAAUAAAUUUAGUCAUUCUUCAUACAAUUUGACACAUGCACAUAAAUAAAACAUAAAUCUCAUUUGCAUUGCUCUUGCAUAUGACACUAUCCACUCGUCCACACCACAAACCAGCAGAAAUCCAUUUAUACAGUCACCUUUAGUGAUCACAUCCACACCUUCAAACAAUUGUAGAGUCAUUGGGAGUUUACAAUCACAGAACAGUCAGUGUUCAGCAGUUAAACUUGAAUGUUUGAAAAAUUUAACUAGUCAUUUGCCAUUCACUAAGAUUAAGAAGUAGUUUCUAUUCUCCACAAUAUUGUGCUUUGGUUAACGGCAAUGUAAAUACUUCAAACAUAUUUUUUUAAUGCUUGCUGGUAACAUUUUAAUGCAAACGUUAACUAAAACUUAGUGUAAAGCAGUAAACUCAUAAAACCCUUGGCUGUUUUAUUACAAUAAGAUAAAGUUUACAGUCGCACCAUGUAACAAAUCUCAUUUGUGAGGUUCUGAAAAAAACUAGGGUAAACUCAACGUUACGGGCAGUAUACUCUGCCUGUCGUCAGGACGACGCAAACUACGUGACAUUUUCAGAGUCAUUAGUCAAUAACAUGUACUUUAUUCCUAUGUUAUUUUAUUAAAACUCAUUCACUUAAAACUCGGACUCACACUGUAUCACACAGUUACACAGAAAGCUAUUUUAUAAAGAUGAAUUUUGUUAUGGUUUGUUUCCGUUUUUAUAUUUUCUUUUUGUUACAACCUCCCUUUGAUAAUUAAGCAAAGCUAGCAAGAUUCGCUGUGAUAGUGUCCAUGUAUACACAUCAAAGCCUGUACUGAAAGAAUACAUGAUCUGUAAUCUAAUAUCAAGUUCCUCACGAAACAAAUGAUUCAAUCUGUGAUAACCUACUGUUCUGAAUCACAUGAAGGUCAGG